UCAAUCCAAGUGCCUACUAGGACCAUGAGAAGGAUUGUCUUUACUCUUGACGAAGUAGCUGUCUAGUUGUCUGUCUCAUAUGUCUUAGUUUUUCUAUCCUCAUAAAUUGAUGAUGUGAUACAUCAAUGCAGAAAGUUCUGCCCCUAUUUUAAGUGGAAAUUCGCCUUACAUCAUAUAAUUGAAUUCCUAACGUAAUUAACUCUCUAAACCAGGAUUUUUUAAUACAAUACUACUUUUCUUGGCGUGUAACCUGAUGACUUUGACCUUCUUGCCGGCUGGCCGACCGCGACAAGCAUUUCCAUUUGCAAGACUUGGAAGUUAACAGAACAAAAAACAUGUCAUCUAGUGCAGAGAUUCACCGUUUCAAAAGGGCUGUGCCUGUUCAAUUGCUACAGGUGGUGCCCUCCACUUUGGCUGCAUCAACUGGUUAGGGGAUGACAUAAACGUUUCGUUCAUAUAUUUCUACCAGUGCCGUCUCUGCUUUCUGCUGCAUAAUUGGUGAGCAACUGUGAGGUACGGAUCAGACGAGCUCAAAACAGCCGGAUUUUUUCUUUCUAUUGUUUGCCACUGCGUUUUUGUGAAGGGACGUCUUUGUAAAGGUGACACUGGAAGGCAGACGGCAGGUUCUAUGAUGCAUGGUUACACGAAGCUGGUCGUCUGGCUGCUGCUCUUAAGCAGCUCGUCAUCGUACUUUGGCCAUGGAAUCAGUGAUUCUGAUCUCCAAUGCUUGAAGGACCUCAAACAGUCGUUGAUUGAUCCCAACGGUAUACUCGAAGCCGGCUCAGAAAACGAAUCCCCGUGGAAUUUUACUGACAGUCCCAUGUGCGAUUUCAUUGGCGUGGUGUGCUGGAACCCUUUUGAUGACAGGGUUCUCAGUUUGCGCCUCGGCAACCUAGGACUCGAAGGUCCAUUCCCUCGAGGCCUCGAGCUUUGCACCUCCAUGACCACUCUUGACCUGUCAGGCAACAACUUCACAGGCCCUCUGCCGGAGCGCAUCUCCGAGCAGAUGCCCUAUGUAAGCUUUCUGGACCUCUCGAACAACAGCUUCUCAGGUGGAAUCCCUGCAAGCAUCAUGAACAUGACGUACCUCAAUGUCCUCGUUCUUCAACACAACCAGUUCACUGGCGGGAUUCCGGCGAUCAACCUUUCACGGCUCAUUUCGUUCGAUGUCGCCGAUAACUCGCUGACGGGUCCUGUCCCGGACUCUCUGCAGGGCUUCCCGGCUGGCAACUUCACGGGCAACCCGGGGCUCUGCGGGGCCCCGCUGGGCAAGAAGUGCAAGAAGAGGUUCAGGGUGCGGAUACACGUCAGGUUUAUCUGGAUUCGUGAGAUGUUUGUCCGGAUUCGGAAGCUACUGCACAGGAUCAACGAUGCGUCCAUCAUCGGGGCGUCCGCUGGGUUCAUCUUUGGGUUCGUGGUGGCCUUCUACUUUCCGCACAAGUUCUUGUUCUGUGGGAGGCUCCAGCCCUACACCUUUCGUGUUUGUACAUGAGCACUGGGCUAGAGAAUGCGCCAGCUUCCUUUGUUGGUCUAUUCAGUGGUAAAUAUGUGGGAAAACAAGUCGUGUGUGUGGUCACAAGUGUGAAGUACGUCUACAUUCUGUUGAAUAUUACAAAUAUCUCAUGAUCCAAAUAAAUAAUAAAAAAUGUGAAACCUCU